AUGCUUCCCUCCUGCCCGCCCGUCGCCCCGUCGUCUCUCCCUGGAGCAAGCUCGACUCCAGCAACAGCAGCAGCCACCACGCCAUCCAUCAACGCUCUAGACGAGCAACAAGUAGUCGCGACAUCGAGCUCCACCACCCCGACCAUCCACCGCGGAAACGCGGCAUUCACCGCUCUCUCGAAACUAGACAUGUUCACCCCCUCAAUGAUUCUGGCUUUAAUAUAUAAAAACAACAGAAUCAGCUGCACCAUCUCCGGCUUUGUCGCCUCUCAUCCCAUCAUCGAUGAGGCGCUACAAACGCGCGUUCAAGCAAACAUGCAAACUCUCCAGCAGGAUAUCUUGGGUGCUGCCGUUGAGAGUUCCGUUUUGAUCAAAAUUGCCAUGCGGAUCGGACAUCUUAGGACGAAAGAUGGGAAUUCGGCGAUUAUACCUAGUCGAUUGGUGCAUGUUGUUAUGGCUCUGUUUGAUUUCGGCAGCGUGGACAACGUUGCUGUGGAGAUUCGGAGAGCUGAGGUGGGACUUGUGACGAUUGGAAUCCGAGGGUUGAAGUGGAGGGAUUUGAGCAAGUUUUCUUUGGAGUGCUGUCGGGGAUUCAAGGAGAGUUUUACUAAAGAUGGGAAGAUGACUGCUGCGGAACAGAGGUAUUACGAUGAGAUGCCUCCUAUGGUGGGGUUGGAGGAUAUCUUCGACGACGAUGAGGAAGAUGGAGACGGUGAUGUGCAUCUGCCCAUCGAUGCCACGCUAUCCGUCACGUCGGACGAGUCGCUCAGACGCGACUCUCUCAUGGAAGACUCCCCACAACCUCCUCCCUGCUCCAACUCCGAUUACGCGCGAAAGCGCGCAGACCCUGACCUUCCUUCGAUCAGCGACUUGAAAGAAGCUCGUACUACGAAUGACUGGACCUCCGUCACCAAAAAGUCCCUUCGUGCUUUCUUGGACCAUGGGGGGGAGCAUCGGACGUGGCAUACCCCCAAAGCUUCACUCGUUGUUGUUGCUGCUGCGAUUCUGGAUCAGAAGUAUGCCACAGAUGAGGAGGGGGGGGAGGAGAGCUGGGAGGAGGCGGAUGAUGAGGAGGAAAGUGGAGAGGAGGAGGAUGGAGAAAUUGAAGACGCGAUGGAGCAGCAAGUGGAGACGCGAUCGGGCUUUAUCUUGAAAUUGAAGAAUCCGGAUUUCCCGAUGAAGAAGAAGAAGAUCGUUAAGCACGUUCAUUGGGAGGAUGGAGGGGAGAGUACGGAUGUGGAUGAGUAG